AUGUUGGACGCAGUGCGGGCAGGUUCAAAACUUGUGAACUUGUUACCUUCACACACGGCCAGAUGGUGGCCACUGGUCGAAGACGUAUUCUCCUCUGAGAAAUGCGUCGCCCUUCGGAACAAUCUCUUGACAGCUUGUGCACGCCACAACGAGUUUCGCUCGCUCUCCAUUGAUGGCACAUUCCGCGUCUGCUUGAGCAUCCUUGGGCAAAGGCCUUUCAACUUGAGCUUGGACAAGCGAAAUGACGCUGCAGUUCCCGAGGCGGAGAGCUUAAGAAGAGUCAUCACGGUCCGGGGCAGGACGGGAGCCGUUGUCAGCAUGUUUGCUACCUAUGGUGAAGGGGCGCCAGAAAUUCAAAAAGGUUUGCGGGACAGUUUACAAGAAGAAUCUCUGCAGCAAGUUGAGUUCCUUGCCACAGACAUGCCAACCAAGCGACUGUAUGCCGCAUUGAAAGAAACGUUGCCUAACCUCAAGGCGCUUGGCCUAGACCCCGUUCAUUUGGCCAUGCACUACGAGUCAGCUUCUGCCAGACAUCGCACCCCUGGCUCGGCUAUGCUGAGGCGCGGCUUGGCAAAAUUCAGUGCCCAAAGCAGUCGAAGCAAUGAGGAAAAGCCGUGGGGUGAAUUUUUCCGUGGUGACACGGAAGUGAAGCUGACGGCACGUGAGCUCAUGUGGCGCCGUCAAGUACUCGACGGUAGCAUGGGCAAGCCUAAAAGCCAAAAGUGCAUGGAAACGUUGGACGGUGCCACUCCAUGGCAAAACCGUGCUGACUUCAUUGAGUUCUUGGCUGCCCUGAGCUCAGUCUAUGGCUCAGAGAUGAAAAAAAAUGGACAGCGGCAAAACCAUUGCCGACCUCCUGCACCAAGCGGCCGCUGGAGAUCGAUGCGGCACCUUUUUUCCAAAGCCGAGAACAUCCUGCUUCCAGUUGGCACCACCAGCAAUGAAAGCUUGCAUGCGGAGAUCAACGGAUGGUUUCGGCAGACGCAAAACCUACACCCUGCGACGCUGAAACUGAAGCUGAGCAUCCUUACCCUUUCAAAGCUGCUGGCGCACAAUUCUGCCCUGUAUUCACCAACUGCCAGACAGAUGCUCAGCAGCCAUGUCUUGGCGCGUAGAAUUGGUUGCGGGCUUUGGGCGCCGGAGGAAUGGGUAGCAUGGGCAGGAAGGAACAAAGCAGAGCUUCCCAUGGAGAAAGCUCGGCAAAAAGAGGCGCAACGCCUCAAGCAAUUUCGGGCCAAACGCCCUGCUGCGGCCAGAAAGCGUCCAGCUGCAAAAGGCCACAGGACCCCGUUCAACCUAACGAGGUCAAUGGGCGUCCAGAGGGCUGGCGUGCACAGUCGCCCGUAUCUUUCCAAAGAGAAGUAA